UUGGGGUAAAAUACAGAGUACAGAGCUUGGAGAGGUAAGGAAACUGAAUAAACAUGUGAAAGUGGUUGAGUUAUGUAGCAGUGGAGAGAUUGGUACCAAGACUGCGGUUGUUAAGGAGCCCCAGAAUUCUCCAGUAGAUGUAAACCUUAGUGAUAUUACAUAUACAGGAAGCCUAAAAAGAUCAACUAUCAUAGAAGCUAUGAUAACCAACGAAACUGAAGAAAUUAAACAUGAUGGAAAUGUUGUUACAGAUAAACAACUCCUGGAAAACUCCGCCCUUGAAUUUGAAGAGGACACUUCUGAAAUAUCACUAUCAGUGUACACGGAUGUCAGAUUGGGUAAAAUGGCCAAUGCUGUUAACCAGGAUGAUGACCUGUCUUACGGACAGAGAACCCGUGAGCCUGCCCCCCUCAGCGUUCUCUCCAGAGUGGAGAGUCUUAGCUCACCCAAGAGAAUGUCUGCAUUCUUGUCUGAGAACCUGGAUUCUUACCUGCAGUCUGAUGAAAACCGCAAAAUCUGUCUUAAGCCCAAGGAAAGCAGCUUUCCUGGAAAGCACUCCUGUCCUGAUAUUAUAGAAACUGUAGCUGAUGACUUCCCCAAGGACAGCGAUGGCUUCAAGGCAGAGUCAACAGACUAUCGGAUGAAUCCGUUUAAUCCAGAUUUUGAUGAUGUGGAAGGAAUGCUCUUUGUUUCCUUUGACACAAAGGAAGCAAUGGAAGCCCAUAUCCGAAUCGAAAAACAAAAUCACUGGGAUGAUAAUAACUAUCAUUUCUUGGACAUGUGCAAACUUCAUAAGGCAGCUAAUCUUAAAAAGAGAUUAGGUAUUUCUGGAAAAAUACCAAAGUUCUUGAGAGAAAAAGAACAAAAUUAUAGAGGUAUCCACAUGAAAUGGUUUAAGUAUCUCAGACUGUUUAACAGGGAACUUUCUAAAAUGACUGGAAAACCUAUGAAGUUUGAAAAACAUCUGGCGAAAAGUUUAGAGAAGACAAAUGAUAUCACAAAGAUCAAAGGAUGGAAGAACAAAUUUGUUGAUUGUAAGAGCUCAGGUGAGGUCGGUGUGUCGAAUGGUCUCCCAUUGCAGCAAACAGGAAAACUCCACUGGAGAACUGAACAGAGACUGUUACGAUCCCUGCCUCCUGAAGAUAUCAAAGAUAUGGGAUUACAUCUGAAGAAAAAGAGAAGGAAAAAUAUGAUUUUCACCCACAGAAAAGGGUCCAGUGCCAAGUUUGAGGGUAGAGUUGGCCGUUUUGGUCGUGUUCAAAAACCAAGAUUUGGCCAGGAUGAUGAGUAUUAUUAUGGAGAUGAAGCAAAGUAUUAUGAAGAUGAAGGCGAUGUGAAGAAGAAGGCCAAGGUGGAUAAUGUUCACAUUAAGACAGAAGAAGGUAAUGGCACAACAGGAGUUCCAAUGAAGAAGCCUAGUUUGAAGAAAAAACUGAUGAAAAAGUAUAACCUUUGUGGGCACAAGCGAUUAAAGAAAAUGUGGAAGCGUAGGUUGCGUGAGGGUAAGCUUGCAGCAUUGAAACAAGAAGAAGAAUCGGAGGGCUUGCGGGAAGAGUUCCCUAUCUUGACGGAGAGUAUGGCUUUGCAUGCAGUGUCUGUUUUGGACUGUAAUAUGUUGGAUUUACGGCCACAGAACUUUAAUGAAGUGUGCCCUCGCGAAAAUGGUGCUGACAUUUGCUCAGAUAAGAUGGCCACUGGUGAUGGCAGAGAUGAUAGUGUAGAUUCCAACCUGAACAAGGACAGGGUGGAUUUUGAAGAAGAUGUUGGCCAGUCCUUGUGUGGCAAACCGGGCUGUAGAUAUGGGUGUGUGUGUCACCUGUUCAGAGACAGGACCGUCCCGGGCAGCAGGGGAUCUGACUCUGAUGAGGUGAACAAAGAGGAGACGAGCACCGUGUGUGAUAAGGAGUAUUGCAGGCUGGGGUGUAUAUGCUCGAGUCUAGAGCGACAGCUAACCGAUAGAGACACCCACUGUAGGAAGGCAGAAUGCAUGUUUAACUGUCACUGUGAGGACAAGGAACUGACUCUCCACUCACUACUGUCACCUUCAGGCUCUGAUGAUAUCCCACUUCUUCAGGCAGUCACAGAAUCCCUGAAAAGUCACGAAACCCUCAAGAAUCUGGAGCCACCUGAAGCCGCCCCCGCACGGCUGACAUGUCCUGACCUAGCCGAGGCAGAGAAAAAGACAACAGCAGUCCCCAAAAACAGGUUUGCUGGCCUGCCUAAGAGGGUGGGCAGUCAGCGAGUGGCCAAAAACCUGGACGCCAUCACAAGGAAGGCUAUGAUGUAUAUGGACCCUGACGAUCUGUUCCCAAAGCCAAAGAGAAGACACCGAAAAAAGGAUGAGAUAACUGCAGAUGAGAAGACAGGAAGAAUCAAGUCACUGGUAGUCUCACAGCCUACAAAUGAGGUGGUCAUCUACAAUCAGGUAGAUGAAGCGAUUGAACAUGGACAGAUGUCUUCAGAUGACGCCAUUCACACCUCUCCACUCGGACCGUUAUUUGGCUGCUCACGAACAUCCAUCUUUAAUCCUGUCAGGAAACCAAGAAUGCAUGGGUGUAUAAAGAAAAACAACACAGACAAGGCUGAUGUUAUAGAUGUUGUUACGGAUUCACCUGUACACAUGGAAGCAGAACAACCACAAGAGGGUAGUCAGUUCACAGACACUGUGUUCAUACAGAAGUGCUUCAAAAACACGGCCAUGACAUAUGACCAGUUUAUGAAUAAUGUGAAACCUCAGGAAGACUUGAAACUCGAGACAGUAAACAAUGUGAUCAGUAUCAGCGAUGAUGACGAUGACAAAGUGACACUACCAGUACCUCCCAUUCCCAAUAUUACAAACCCCUGUCCACGGCCAUAUACGACGCAAGAGGAUAUACAGCGGAGGAAAAAGAGAAAAAGAAAGCAGAGGCUGGAAAAGACUUUGUUAGAUGGAUAUGGAUCACCAAGCAAACUGAGUACAGAACCCUCGGACUGCACGUCGGAUACGGUCACCACAGUAAAGGUACCAGUCUGGGAUGACUGGUCCACUAACAUGGUCUGUAUUAAAGCCUCCAAGAAAAGGAAAUCUGUGCCAAACUCAGAGGAACGUAAAACAUCCAGUGAACAUCAUUUGUUAGAAAUAAAAUCAAACUGUAGUUGGGAAGCAAGUCGGAAAAUGGUGUUAAGUGGAGUGGCCAAAUGCCUCAGGCCAUAUGAGUACCCAGACCCCCAAGAGAUCGAAAUUCAGAAUUAUACGGUAGAAAUACUGCCAAAGGCUUCAGAACCCGCCAAAAUACCCCCAAGCUUCAGUGCUAACUUCCCCUCUGUCAUGUACACAGUACGCAUUACAGUCUCACCAACAUGGUUUCAUAGGAAGAAUAAAAAGGUUGAAGAGCCUAAGAAGGAUAAAGGUCCUGAAAUGACUGCGUCAAAGCAGUUGUGCCUUCGACUGUUACAGGAGCAGCAACAAAAAGCAGCUCUGCAACAGCAGCAGCAAAAACAAGAGUUGCAGAAACCAGUCAAUGGACCAACAGUUCUUCAGCAACAGCAGCCAGUUCUACAACAAGUGGACCCAGUCCAGAAGAGCAUUGUGGUGGACACACCACCUACAGAAAGAAGGUUGAAGGCAAAAACCCGAAGUGACAAAAUCAAGAACACUGGCAAGCAUUUCCAGCCAGCAUCCGGGAUUUCAGGUCUGGGUAAAUUAAAGAUAAAUAAUUCGUUCAUCCAACUCAACCCAAACAUUUCGCAGCAGAAUUCUGUGUUUCGGCUUCAAGAAGGACAAGUGACCUUUAAAUCCGGCCUCCCUCCCAGUGCCUCGCUAGCUACAGCAACAGCUAAAACUACCAGUGGUUUGGUAUUGAAUACUUCAAAUGCACCUGGAGGUUUUGAGGACUCUAUCAAUCAAACUUCCUCAACAGUGGUGACUGUGAGUGGCACAUCAGCCUUGGCUAUGACACAUAGCAAACCCUCUAACCACAAUGCCACAGAUGCUAGAGAAAUCACAUCUCUCUCCUCUCAGAACUCCAACACGACUGGCUCCAUGCCAAGCCCAAAACCAGUCGGACUUCGGCCAGACUCUCUACCCACCAUGCAGCUGAUACAGAAUGGAGCGGGCAUGCCAAAACUGGUGCCACUCUCUGCAGGUAAAGUCGGUAACAUGCCGCUACUGCAGCUUGUGCCCAUGGCUAACACUGCGGGUCCUCGUGGGACGACACCCACAGCUGUCAGAAUGCAAGGCCAGUCUGGUACAACAACCAGCUCUGUGACCUCAGGCAACAAAAACUAUGUGGCAUUCCCAGUCAUCCUUCAGACAGUGAACCCUGGUAGUACCUCAGGUGGUGGUACAGGUGCGAAAGCUAAUGGUGGCUUGACUCUGAGAGCCUCUGGUCUCCCCACUGGCUGUGUGAUGGCGCCUACUCAGUCCUCAGUGUUCCCUGUUAAGAUGGGAACAGAGCAGAGGCCAGUUUUCCUAGCUCCAGUAACAGUACAGCCUGCUAACCCAGGUGUCAUCCCUACACCAAUCUCCUUCACAGCACACCCUGCACCCACUAUAAACAGCACAAACAGUGACUCACAGAAACACCUAGACAAAGAUAUGGACACGGUGAACUCUGCUGGCAAGACAGACAAGUCUGAAAACACUGUUUCUGGCAUAAAUCUGACUGGUCGUAGAGAGUUGUAUUCAGUUCUGACCAGUUCCCAAGCUCCUUCACUAAUUAAAUCUACGUCCAACCAGGAAAAUAAAACUCGGAAAGAAAAGUCUGACCUUGACAAUGCUGCUCCUGACCUCUGUGUACAUUUACGUACAGGUAACUCAGAUAUUGUGUGUGAUAUUUCAGUGAUAGACUCCAAUGCUAGCUCAACAGAAAACAACUGUUCAGAUGGUGCUCAGGUGAAACACUUAAACAGUGAUCAAGAAAUAAAAAAGUCCCCAAAGCUCAAAACAGAAGCAGAUCAAUCCGAAAAUGAUAAGCCAAAAGUUUUUAGAAAAGAAGAAGUAGAAACUUCAGAAGUCUCUUUAACUUCAGCAGAUAGUGAUGGAGCUAAAAAAUCAUUUGUUGAGGUAAGAUCUCUGUUGAAUAUGGUGGCCAGUCAGUCAGGAGUGAAAGAAACCAGCACCUUGAGCAGUGACAAGCCAAGUGAAAAGCCACUGACCAGGGAGAUAUAUGGACAGGACAAUUUUAUAGAUUUAACAGAGGAAAAUUCAGAUAAAACUUCUUGUGCCAUAGAAACUAGUGACAUGGAUGUGAGUGUAUCGAAAAGUCUAAAUGAUGAAAAACAAUGUGUCGAGUUACCAGCUGGUAUCCCAAAUUCUGGUAGCAGCAAGUAUACUUUAGAUUUAAUCAAUAUUCAGAAAUUAAUAAAAAAGCCACUUGGUUUUCCGUCAUCAAAUCCGCACAGUAUAGGUCUUGUGGAUGGCCUUAAGCAAGUCUCGCCAACAAGUGAGUCAGACAAUGUGGCUAAGUCCACCAAUCUCAGUGCUACAGAAAACUGUGCUGAUAACUGUGCAGAGAUCAGCAGUUCUGCAGGAGUGGACUCGACAGUUUCGGCUUCAGGUAUAAACACACGGUACACACAAGACUCAGGUGCACCCCAAGGAACAGGAAUUACAGAGGGAGGUGUAUCUCAUGCUGAUCACACUAUCCCAGAUAAAUCACAGGGUGUGGCCAAAGCCACAACAAGCUCAGGAGCGCUGACAUCAGAGCUGGACACAUAUUCACUGGAUAGCUGGAGUGACGUGUCGAAUGAUGGUGACAGCCAGCAGGAGAGCCGUGUAAGUGCGGGCCCCACUCACUCACCACCCCUCCACCACUAGCCACUACUGUUGUCCGCCUCCGGGAUCUUCUGUCUCCC